AUGUCAGCUGAAGCCGGAGGAUCUUUUGAGACUAUUGGAAGUUCUCAGCGUCAUGUCUUAAAUUUAGAUGUCAAAGAGACUAAAUUUCUUGUGGCUUCAACGUGGCCCGCAUUUCCAGUCAACAAAUAUCUUGAGGCCAGUCAGUCAGUGCACCCCGAAUCCGAAGACAUGGGUACUUUUCUGGUAUUUUUCACGGCUCAAAUUCCCAACGAGACAAUUUCAGCAUUCGUGACGCAAUCUACCCGAGCCAAAAGCGCACCCGAGAGCCCAUGGAUCCUCCAAAAAUCCCCAGAUGAAGAUGUCCAUGGGCCUGAACUCACUCUUCCUCUACCAAGUCCAUCAUUUACUACUGGUUUUCAAGACGUAUCUCCUGAGACCUUACAAAAGUUCAUGGUUGAAAAUGUCGUCGACCGUCACGACUUUCCCAACUUCGAGGGCGGAAUCGAAUGGUAUCAAUUUGUAGUUCUGGAUUCCCAAAGUUUAGAGGACAAAAGUACUUGCUUGGUUUACCAUUGCGUGAGAAGCAUGCCGGAAGGCUCGGCAGAAGACGAAUGGGAUGAAAAGAAGCUCGUUAGUGAAUGGAAGGUCUGGCGCGUCAAGUUUCUCGUGGCAUGGUGGUUGAUUAGUGGACUGUGUAUGAAUGACCAAGCUCUGUUCCAGGUAUUCGAAGAUGAGAAGGAUACAUAUACCGACAAACAUGGGGUGUUGCAGAUGCCAUAUUUGGAGAAUGAUGAGUAUGAGUAUCCGGAUUUGGAGGAUCGUGUCCCAUGGGGACCAGCUCCUUAGACAGAGAGUAGUUCGGUUGUACCUAUCUAGUUCCAGUGAACAUACCCUUCACUGAAAACACAAAUAUGAAUCACAACAUUGGCUAAUGGUUAUUCUCGCCUGCCGACCAUCAUGCGUGAUAUCAGUCCAGCAAUGUUUCGCCGCAUGGUAGUAUGACCUUCAUGGUUGUUCACAAACUAGUGAUAUCACAAUAGUCAAAUCACGCCAUAGUUGGUUCUUGUCCUAUGCAUUCAAAUGCCUCAUCACCACGCCCAACUCCGAGCAAGAAGAGAUUAGUACUGGGUGCUUCAAUGACGUUUUGAUAGACUGUUGCAAAAACAUGACAAUUUCAAAUCGGAUAUCUCCAUGGAAUGCAACUCUCAGUAAUUGUCCGAAGAGCAUUGACUGUUUAUUCAAGAGAGUUACAUUUACUAUACUAGUACACAAUUACAGCCGCGGAGAAUUUUGAUACCUUCCUGUCGGUAUUCUCUCUUCUUGUAUGAGACAAUAAUGCAACUAUAAAUUCACGGCAUCCUUUAUCGACUAUGUGUUAGCUGUGUGUAUAGACGAUUCAUUUGAACAAACACUAAUCCCCCUUAUAGAGUCAGUUUCCUUAAAGCUACUCCACAAAACUAACCUGUCUCCAGACUGCCGGUAUGUCCUAAGUGACCUCGACACUAGUUGGAUAGCUCAAAACCCUCACUUGGGUCUUUGCAUCUACCCCUCUUCCUUUUUUCUUGUAUCGGAAUUUGUCCGCGUUUGGUCUUCCCCGUAGAAUUGUCGUGAGAAUCGUAAAUUCUGUUCAUUCUGUCUUCUCAUGUCCAUUCGGCGACCUUGGUGGAUAUUGAGAACAAAAGAAAUCUACAUGAAUAUUAUGUAUCGCUUAAUACGAUAUCAAAUGGUCCGAUUUUUGUCAACACUGCUUCGUCGUAUUUCAAAGGGUCGGCACUAAAAGGCCUCGAUUGUAUGCAGACUUUGAAUUGCAAUGCAUCUUCAUCGACGGCCAGAUGAGUUGGGACAAAAAAGAAAUGGUAGAAGCAGAAGUCAAGGGUUCACGGAUCGGAAAAUCGAGAAAAACCCUCUCGAUGCACGCUGAUUCCUGAUUUUUCUUGCAAGUAAAAAGAACUAGAGUGGUAAGAGGUUAGCGACAAUGUCCUUUCGCGGUCUGACCACAAGCUUGGAGACGAUCCGUCUGAUUAUCCGUAAGAAUAGACGAAGUACAGAAAAAAGCAAAACUAAAGUAAUCUUUCAAUAGAUCCUACGAAAGAAAACUGCUAAGCAGAUAAGAUAACGCUGGAUGGUUAGGACGCCGUUGGCGCGAGGUUUAGGUGAAGUGGAGCUUGGGAAGCAGCUUUUCCAAGUGCUAGAUGAGGAGACAUGCAGAAUCUGUUGUGGAAGAAGAAAUGUAUCUGCAGACUAGACAGAUCUAGCUCGAGAAGUAGACGAGAAACGG